AUGGCAAAGAUGAUAAACAAGACGCUUGUAUUAACAUAUAUCUACUUACUUAUCUACAUUCUACUCUCUUCAGGAGUUAUACUGUACAACAAGUGGGUUUUAUCCCCAAAAUACUUCAAUUUUCCACUUCCUAUAACGCUGACAAUGAUCCAUAUGGGGUUCUCUGGAUUUGUGGCCUUCCUUCUUAUUCGUGUGUUUAAGGUUGUAGCUCCGGUUAAAAUGACAUUUGAAAUAUACGCAACAUGUGUGGUACCUAUAAGCGCAUUCUUUGCAUCUAGCCUGUGGUUUGGCAAUACUGCAUAUUUGCACAUUUCUGUUGCCUUCAUUCAGAUGCUCAAAGCUCUAAUGCCAGUAGCAACGUUCAUCAUGGCGGUUGUUUGCGGCACUGACAAACCAAGGUGUGACGUGUUCUCAAACAUGUUGCUGAUCAGUGUUGGAGUUGUGAUAUCAUCGUAUGGGGAAAUUCACUUCAAUAUAGUUGGCACGGUCUAUCAGGUCACAGGCAUCUUUGCUGAAGCACUUAGACUGGUACUGACUCAAGUUCUUCUCCAGAAGAAGGGGUUGACAUUGAACCCUAUUAACAGCUUAUAUUACAUAGCUCCCUGCAGUUUUGUUUUUCUGGCCUUGCCUUGGUAUGUGUUGGAGCAACCAUCGAUGGAAAUUACACAGAUCCAGUUCAACUUCUGGAUAUUUUUUUCCAAUGCUCUCUGCGCUCUUGCCUUGAACUUCUCCAUAUUCUUAGUAAUCGGGAGAACAGGUGCAGUAACCAUCCGGGUGGCUGGUGUUCUCAAAGACUGGAUUCUCAUAGCCCUCUCCACCGUCAUUUUCCCCGAGUCCACCAUCACUGGCCUCAACAUCACUGGAUACGCAGUUGCGCUAUGUGGUGUCGUCAUGUACAAUUACAUAAAAGUAAGGGACGUAAAGGCGUCUCAAAUAACUGCCGAAACUCUCCCGGAUCGUAUCAACAAGGAGUGGAAGAUGGAGAAGAAGUCUUCAGAUAAAUUCAAUCCUGAUGUUGGUGGGGAGAGUCCAAGAGUAGGAGCCGAGAUAACCGACGAGGAAGCCCCUUUGAUUACGUCCCGGUUAUCUCAUAUCGGUCGGACGCAGCUCGGAAACCACACCGCUUAA